AUGGGAAUCCAAGCCCUCCCCGCCACCGCCAUCCGAGCCCUCGGCUCGGGCCAGGUACUGACGGACCCGGCCUCACUGAUAAAGGAACUCCUCGACAACUCGCUCGACGCCUCCGCCACCACCAUUUCCAUCGAAGUCUCCCAGAACACCCUCGACCUCCUCCAGGUCAAGGACAACGGCCAUGGCAUCCCCUUGGAGGAUCGCGAGUUCAUGGCGGUGCGGCACUGCACGAGCAAGAUUAGGGGCUAUGAAGACAUCCAGGACUGCCGCAGUCUCGGGUUCCGGGGGGAGGCGCUGGCUAGUGCUGCGGAAUUGGCGGGCGGGUUGGUCGUCACUACUAUGGUUGAGGGGGAGAGGGUUGCUAUGGCUUGCACUUGUGAUCGGCUGGGCAGGGUUACCGCCAAGAAACCGGUUGGUGCUAUGAAGGGGACUACUGUGCGGGUUACAGACUUUUUCAAGUUUUUGCCCGUGAGACGGGAGGUACUGCUGUCCUUUGUUGCUGCCAUUGGUCGGAGGGUUUGGGGAAAUAGCACUAAGCUAAUGUAGUGUGGUGGGGUAGAACGCGAUGAAGGCUGCGCAAAAGAACCUAUCCAAGCUGAGGACUUUGCUGCAGAGGUAUUACCUUUCGCAUCCCACUUGCCGGUUCUCGUUGAGGAUACUAGCGCCGCCGCAGAAAGGCAAGGCGGCGGGUGGGCAGAGUGAGGAUAUGGUUUAUGCGCCGAGCAAGUCAGUUUCGGAGGCGGUUAUGAAAGCUGUUGGAAAGGAGGUUGUCGCUGCUUGUCAAUGGAUAAACACCAGGUCUGGGGAAACUGCGGGUGGGGGUUUGGAGGAACAGGAAAUCGCCAUAGAAGCUUUUUUGCCGAACCCCGAUUCAGAUCCGGCAAUAAUAUGCAGGAAACCGCAAUGUACGAAUUUUGUUUGUGUGGACAGUCGGCCGGUAUCGUGCGCUCGGGGCACUCUGAAGCAAAUAUUGUCUUUGUAUAAAUCUUAUCUCAAGUCCGCAUCUUCAUCUGAUUCUGCCAUAUCCGAUCCUUUCCUCUAUCUCAACUUGCGUUGUCCUCCAGGAACCUACGAUCCGAAUAUUGAGCCGGCCAAGGAUGAUGUCAUGUUUUUUCAUGCAGAGCGGGUUACCGAAGCUGUAGAGGUGAUUUUGAAGGGCUUAUACGGAGAGCUAAAGACUAAGGGCAGCGCCGGUGGAUCUGGGGGGAAGGCGGGGAAGAGCGCAGAGAUGAUGACGGGGGGAUUCGAGCUUUUGCUUGCUAGGAAGAGAGACCCGAAGCCUGGAGCAGCCAAACCCCCAAUGGCUCCUGAAAUAGAUGAGGAUGAGGAGGAAAUGGCGGCUCAGCAAAUGGAUGUGAUGAUGGAACGUGAUGAGGAUCCCCCUGCGCCGGGAUUCACACCGGCAAACCUAGUCAAAGCGCCACUUGUGCAGACACGGGAGGAGAGCCCUCAUAAGACUCACAAAAGGGACGGCAGCGUGCGACCUCCAAUGUUUUCUAUAACGGAUGCGCCCUCUCCUGAAUCAGUGCGCCCUCGAGAGCCCAAUCGAGAAUCUGUCCCCCUAGCUGUGUCACCCAUUCGGACGGUACAAACGCCCAGAAGGAGGCCGACAAACUGGGGCUUUAAUAUGUCUUCAGGUCAUGAUGAAGACGAGGAUGAUCUGGUUUUGGAAGAAGCAGAAGACCAGAUCCGAAGCGAGCUUGCUGAAGAACGGGCCACCGAGGAAGCUGCUAGAGACAUUGCCAUCUCGAACCCCUGGACCGCUGCGAAAAUGAACUCUCCUGCGUCAGGAUCUAGCCUGCCCUUCUCAUCAGUGCCAGGCAUUAGCGUGACUAAACGCACCUUUCGUCCCCCAACCAUCAUUGAUCCCCCACGUAACCUUAGAUCAUCCCCUCAAUUUGGUUCUCCACCGUCUCUCCAUUACUCUAUGACUCCUGUAUCGUCCUCACGCCGGAUGAUCACAACGUUUCCGACCCCUAGUGCUUCCUCGCCGUUGUCUCCCCAAGGAAACACAGAAAUCAUGCAGAGUUGGCUUAGGAAGGCGCCGCGACAGAGUCCGCAAAGUGCCGCACCCUCAGUAGCGCAAAGGGAGCCGGUACACGAAGAGAUAGAUGACGAAGAUGGGGGGCUGCGGACAGGGGGGUAUCAAAAGCCACCUUUGAAGGGCGUGCCGGAGAUUGUUCUGGGCCAACACCCCAAACGGCGGAGAUUAAACAACGAACGGGGGCUCAGUUAUGAUGAGCCACCACCGGGAUACGAUGACGAUCCAGACCUUGUGCGGACCCAGCCUUCAAAGUCGCCGCACAAGAAUAGGUUUCUGAAGGCGGCGGCUGCGUUAUCGAGUCAAGUCGACCAGGAGCCUGAUCCUGAGCCCGUAGAACCGGAACCGCGACGCAGGAAACACCCUCCUAUCCUUCAACAGCCCAAAAAAUCCAAACUAACCUCCCUCGACAUCCAACCACCAAAAGCUAACCAAACAACCAACUUAAUAAAACUCACUACCUGCCCCAUCACCCAACUCCGUGCCAACUUUUCCCACCUCCGAACUUCGGACGCAUACAGCCGCCUCGUCUCCACUGGGGGUAAUGACAACGGUAACAAACGGUCAACCCCCCCGAAGGCCAUGCAAGGCAACGUCGGCAUAUUCUUUGAAAUCGACAACGUGCCAGAUGACCCGUACAACAGCCAGGUCCAGCAGCGCGAGAAGUCGAUCGCGUUCGACGUGAAGCGCUGGAUAGAUAGGCUGGCCGAGGAGCGGGGCGUCAAGACGGAGCCGUUCUGGCUCGAGUUCGAUCAUGAGUACGGGCCGGAGGGGGAGAGGUCUAUCUGGGUGUUUAGGGAGGGGGAUAGUGAUGGGGAGGAUAUGGAGGAUGGGGAUGAGGAGUAUUAG